GGAAAAUCUGCUGGAAUCCGCGGAAAUCAUCAACAAGACUAUUUUCCUUUACUUAGCUAGCUGUCAAUCUAUCAACUUCUGUUUCUCAUUUCCUUCCCUUUUACUGUCAAACCGCCACACUGGCGAUGUCGGAGUCGUACGAUUUCCUGUUUAAAUUCCUGGUGAUUGGGAAUGCUGGAACAGGCAAAUCCUGUCUGCUGCACCAGUUCAUAGAGAAGAGAUUUAAGGAUGAGUCCAACCACACGAUUGGAGUGGAAUUUGGCUCCAAGAUCAUCAGUGUGGUCAACAAAAUGGUCAAACUGCAGAUUUGGGACACUGCAGGACAAGAAAGGUUCAGGUCUGUGACCAGAAGUUACUACAGAGGAGCAGCAGGAGCCCUGCUGGUUUAUGAUAUCACCAGUCGAGAGACAUACAACGCCCUGACCACAUGGUUGAGUGAUGCCAGGAUGCUCGCUAGUCAGAACAUCGUCAUCAUCCUGUGUGGAAACAAAAAGGACCUGGACACAGACAGAGAGGUCACGUUCCUUGAGGCUUCACGCUUUGCUCAGGAGAACGAGCUGAUGUUCCUGGAGACCAGCGCUCUAACAGGGGAGAACGUUGAAGAGGCUUUUGUCCAGUGCGCCCGUAAAAUCCUCAACAAGAUAGAAUCAGGAGAACUGGAUCCAGAGAGGAUGGGGUCAGGUAUCCAGUACGGCGACGCCGCGUUACGACAGCUCCGUUCUCCUCGUCGUGCUCAGCCACAGGGCACCCAGGAGUGUGGCUGCUAGUGCAUGUGCCCUGUAACGUACACAGAUAAGUGUGGUUCAGGCAGGUUUUUGAAGACAAGGAGACGAACAGCCACGGGGGACCCAGAGAGCGCUGGGUUCAGGUUGCGGUGCUGGUGACUCCUCCCUGACCUUUUGAUCUUUCGACCUUCGCACGGAACCUUGAGAACCUUCAGAAAACCUUCAGAAAACCGUUGUUGUCAUGGCUGCACCUGCAGAGAGCCACGCCCCUCUCAGACCUCUGAGCAUCUCCAAGGUAACCAGAGACCACCCACCUUCAACAAUCUGCUCCACUAUUGGACCAAACCCUCCCCAGCCCUCCAAUCAGGCUGUGAAUUACUGACAUGUAACUUCUUUCUCUCCUGCCUUUCUACUGAUCUGCCCUCAUACCUGCUUACCUCCCAACUUACCAUAUUUUUGUCUUUCUACUACAUCCCAUCUACACUGAUUACAGGAAUAGUCUACAUUUGGGAAAAUUUGUGUUUGAAAUAAAGAAGAUAUAACUUGCAGCGUUUCCUACAGGCUAGUGAUUUACUUGUGGUGGUGGGUGGCAUGGCAUGUCACCAAUGUCUAUGCAGAGAUUCAUGCAGUUUAGAGAGAGAGUAGGUAAGCCAGGUUAUUAUCAGUACCAACAGUUUAUGCAGUGUCCUCUAAAUGCCUCAUAUGCAGUAGUCGCCUAUAUGUUUCAGGCUAUGGGUGGGAAAACGCUGGUUCAGCAGGUGCGUGGCCAGAACUUAGUUUGAAAAGAGUGAAACAAGAUGUCCUAAGGUUACAUUUAUGUGGGUAGGCUGCACAAGUGGAGACUAUGCAUAGGAAAUGCUGAUAUGUAUAUUAGUUAGCUUUAAAAGUGUUGGCAGGUGGAUUUUGUUUUAAAUUUUGGGACAAGCUAGGCUAGCUUUCCCCCCUAUUUCCAGUCUUUAUGCUAAACUAAGCCAAUCACCACCUGGCUGCAGCUUUAUAAUUACCAGAUAUAAAGUAUUGGUUUCUUUUCAUCUAAGUCUUGGUAAGAAAACACAUUUCCCAAAGUGUAGUGAACUAUUCCUUAUCCACAUCCCUAUUUAAAACCCUUCCCUACUACAGUACUUCUUCUCUUUCUCCAUCCACCUGUUCUGAUUGCCUGUCAACUUCCUUCUCACCUAGUUUUAAACACACCACUAACUGUCUUGUGACUGCUCAUACGUUUUGCACUCCCUGUUUCCCUAAUUUCACUCCCUUCUCAUGUACUUUCACUCCCAGUAAAGUGCCCCCUGGCAAAGCAGCAGCCAAAUUACACUUCAUCAGCUUACCUACACUUACGCCCACCAUCCCUACAUUUCUUGCAUUUUUAACAUCCCAUCAUUCUCUCUGUUACCUUCCUACGCAUCUACUUACCCGUCUGCCUGCUUGCCCGUCUCUUUGCACAGUUCUCUGCCUUUCUAAAUCUCUCCUCCUGUCCCCCUGCAGCAUCUUAUACACUGUAUAGUGUUUCUGUACAUAGAGAUUGACGCAUGUUUUCUCAAACAGAAUUUAAGAGUAUUUCAUUAUGAAGAGAUAUUGUAUGUAUAUUAAAGUAGAUAUCAUAUCCAGCAUCAGGGUUCAUGCACCACUGUAUUAUUAUCAUGUUAAGCUACAAUACACUGGCAACUUGUAAGCAGUAUAUAUGGGCAGUGUACUGUUUGCAGCGAGUAUGUUUGUUUGUAAAUGGGACAAGUUGAUGUGGAUUACAUUAUGGACUAACACAUUUAUGUGGAAAAAUGCUGUUUUAUCUUUGUUCAAGCUCAUAGAUCUACAAAAAAAAAUACAGACAGAGGCAACUCGAAAUGUUCUGCACAGUCAGUUGGUUUUCUGUUGUAGUUCAUUGAAAUCAUUUGUACUGUGAAAGUAACCGUGUCAUCUUUUAAUUCACAGUGGCACAUUCAACAUUCACCGUUAAAUGACAGUGUAACACACUUCUUUGUCCAAAGGAUUCCAGUUAUGACCAAUGACUGAUCUGUUGCACUUACACAGUAAAUGUUGCCUGUUUACAUGAAUACCUGACUGACUGCUGCCAGCUAUUGGUAAAUACUAACUGAAUGCAUUUAGCAAUGGUAUGAAGUUAUCUGAUGUGUGCUUGAUUUUUGUCUCCAAAGAUGCUUUUAUGUCUCUUGUUUUAAACUUUGAAACAGUUCAGCAACAUAAAGCUCUCAACAAAAAACACAAACCAAUACAUUUUUUGACGAUUCUGAUUUAGAGGUGUGUUUUUCAUAGGUGUAUUCAAGCAUUACAACAACAUAUCAAUUAUGUUUUUAUUUUUAUUUUUUUACAUUUUUGCCCCUCAAAAAUUAUGCAUUGAUCUUUUAAAUUAAAUACACUUCAAGCUGUAGAAAUAUUUCAGAUUAGAGUAUCCUCAAGUGUGUGAUCUGAUAGUGGUUUUUCACUGCUCCACAGCAGGUUGCUGUCUUGUGUUUAUGUCAUCAAGUCCUUUGUUCAUAUUUAUGUAUGUUUCUUCUCUCCUCAUAAUGAAUAUCAUGGAUUUUUAAUUUAUUGUGUAUGAUAAAAGCAUAUGUUUUUAAAAUAAAAAUGACUAUAAAUAAAGCAUCUUCUUUUAAAGGCAGAUCUUUUCUUGAAAUCUUAGAAAAAAACACCUUUUUCUAUGACAGGAACUUCCAAUGGAAAAGUUAUUUUCUAUUUAUUCUAUCUAUUUCCAAGGGAAUAAUUGCUUGCUGAAGGGGCUGUUACAUUACUGAUGUUAAAUGUUAUUUAAAGAGAUUUAAUUCAAAGCGUUAAAAAAUGUGUGUAAGUUGGCAGACAGGUGGAAAAGUGAUU